AUGAGUAUAAAAAGAACAAGAAGACAUAAUACUGUAAUUCGUUUAUUAACAAAUCCUACAAUUUAUGAAGAGAGAGCCUUAUCAUCAACGCCUUUCUUAGGAGCUGCUAUUGUUGAUGAAAUAAGACCUAAAUUAGUUAUUAUAACUAUGGCUUCAUCUAAUUCUCCUUCUAAUGUACCAUCAUCCGAUACAGGAUAUCAUUCACUUUUAACUAAUAGAAAUAGUAAUGAUAUACAAUUAAAUUCUUCAUUAAUCAAUAAAAAUGAAGAAAAAUAUAAUGAUUCAUGUUUAGAUAUUAUUGAACCAUCCUUAGCACUUCGCAAAUUUUCAGAGCAUUUUACUGAAAGAAUUGAAGGAAAAGCAUUUGUUAGAAGAGGUGCUUUAAGACAUAAAGAUAUUCAUGAAGUAAAAUCUCAUAAAUUUACAGCAAGAUUUUUUAAACAACCCACAUUUUGUUCACAUUGUAAAGAUUUUUUAUGGGGUUUAAAUAAACAAGGUUUUCAAUGUCAAAUAUGUACAUUAGUUGUUCAUAAAAGAUGUCAUGAAUUUGUUAAUUUUGCUUGCCCUGGAGCUGAUAAGGGUGUUGAUACUGAUGAUCCUAGACAACUUCAUAAAUGGAAAAUUCAAAGUUACCAAUCUCCAACAUUUUGUGAUCAUUGUGGAUCAUUACUUUGUGGCAUUUUUCAUCAAGGUAUGAAAUGUCAAUCUUGUGAUUCAAAUGUACAUCGCAAAUGUGUAAAAUUUGUCCCAAAUAUGUGUGGAACUGAACAUACUGAAAGAAGGGGACGUAUUCUUCUUGAAAUAAAUAUUAAAAAAAAUGUCUUAUAUCUUCAUAUUAAAGAAGCAAAAAAUUUAAUACCAAUGGACCCAAAUGGAUUAUCUGAUCCAUAUGUAAAAAUUAAAUUAAUUCCUGAUUAUGGAAAUAAAACAACUAAAAAAAAAACUAAAACAUGGAGAGCAACAUUAAAUCCUAAAUGGGAUGAAAAAUUUAGUUAUGUAUUAGAUGCAUCUGAUAAAGAUAGACGUCUUUCUAUAGGUGUUUGGGAUUGGGAUCGCACAUCUAGAAAUGAUUUUAUGGGAUCAUUAUCAUUUGGUAUUAGUGAAUUAAUGGAUGAACCUGCAUCUGGAUGGUAUAAAUUAUUAAAUUCUGAAGAAGGAGAUUAUUAUAAUAUUCCUAUACCAUCAGAAGAUGAAAAAGAAGUUGAAAAACUUCGUAAAAAGAUGGAAGAAUUAAAAGAAAAAGAAAAUGAAAAAAAACAAAUAUAUAUACAACAACAUAAGACUACAUUAGAUGUUAUUAAAGCUACAGACUUUAAUUAUUUAACAGUUCUUGGAAAAGGAUCUUUUGGUAAAGUUCUCUUAGGAGAACAUAAAACUACUAAAUCAUUAUAUGCUAUAAAAAUAUUAAAAAAAGAUGUUAUUAUACAAGAUGAUGAUAUUGAGUGCGCAAUGACAGAAAAAAGAGUUUUAUCACUUCCUGAAAAACCUCCAUUUUUAGUAGCACUUCAUUCUUGUUUUCAAACUAUGGAUCGUUUAUAUUUUGUAAUGGAAUUUGUAAAUGGUGGAGAUUUAAUGUAUCAAAUUCAACAGGUAGGAAAAUUUAAAGAACCUGUUGCAUGUUUUUAUGCUGCCGAAAUAGCAUGUGGACUUUUUUACCUUCAUAGUCAUGGAAUAAUAUAUCGUGAUUUAAAAUUAGAUAAUGUUAUGCUUGAAAAAGAUGGGCAUAUAAAAAUUACUGAUUUUGGUAUGUGCAAAGAAGGUAUUUUUGGAGACCGAAUGACAAAAACUUUUUGUGGAACACCUGAUUAUAUUGCUCCAGAAAUUAUAUUAUAUCAACCUUAUGGUAAAUCUGUAGAUUGGUGGGCUUAUGGUGUUCUUCUUUUUGAAAUGCUUGCCGGUCAACCACCAUUUGAUGGAGAAGAUGAAGAUGAAUUAUUUACUGCUAUAACUGAACAUAGUGUUAGUUAUCCCAAAUGUAUGUCAAGAGAAUCUGUCUCAAUGUGUAAAGCAUUACUUCAAAAAUCCCCAGAAAAAAGAUUAGGUUCAUGUGAAAAUGAAACAAAUGAGAUAAAAGAUCAUGCAUUUUUUAGAAGGAUAGAUUGGUUAAAAAUUGAGAAUCGUCAAGUACAACCUCCUUAUAAACCAAAGUUGACAUAUACGCCUUCAACUGCAUGUAUAAAUCCUUUAAUCUCACAAAAUGGUGUUGCUUUAACGGAACCUAAUUGGAAGGGGCCUGAUGAUGUCUCUAAUUUUGAUGCUGAGUUUACUCAUGAAAAACCAAAAUUAACACCUGUUGAUAGAUUAUUCCUUAUGAAUUUAGAUCAAACAGAAUUUGAAGGCUUUACUUUUAUUAAUCCAGAUUAUACAGCAAUACAUUAA